GGACUGACUACUGAAAGUGAGAAGUCCUCAUACAAAUUCAUGGAAAAGCACUGCUUCUUGCAUAACAGAAACAAAACUCGCAGCUCAACAACGUAACGAGAAACGAACAAAGAAACACACACCAGAUUCUUCGGAUCAUCUUCUUCGUAAUAUAGGAUGACGAAUCGUGUUUUAAUGAUGCUGUUCAUGUGUUUUUUUAUGUUUAUAAUACCGAUUUCUUCUGUUGGUGGCGAGCAGUCGUUGACGGCGAAUGGGAAGGUAUUGGAACUUGAUGAAUCGAACUUCGAUUCCGCCAUCUCUACCUUCGACUUCAUCCUCGUUGAUUUCUACGCCCCUUGGUGCGGCCACUGCAAGCGUCUCUCUCCCCAGUUGGAUGAAGCUGCCCCCAUACUUGCCAGCUUGAAAGAGCCCAUUGUCAUAGCAAAAGUAAAUGCUGAUAAAUAUACCCGCUUGGCUCGAAAACAUGAUAUUGAUGGAUAUCCCACCCUCAAGAUCUUUAUGCAUGGCGUCCCUGUAGAAUAUAAUGGACCGAGGAAAGCAGAUUUGCUUGUUCGUUAUCUGAAAAAAUUUGUUACUUCUGAUGUUUCGGUUCUUGAUUCAGACUCUGCCAUCAGUGAUUUUGUUGAAGCAGCUGGCACUUUCUUUCCCAUAUAUAUAGGGUUUGGCUUGAAAGAGUCGAUGAUAUCAAAUUUAGCUGUAAAAUACAAGAAAAAGGCAUGGUUUUCUGUGGCAAAGGAUUUCUCUGAGGACAUCAUGGUAUCAUAUGAUUUUGACAAGGUUCCUGCUUUAGUAUCCCUUCAUCCAGUUUACAGUGAGCGGAACAUUUUUUACGGCCCCUUUGAAGAGGAAUUUUUGGAGGAAUUUAUUAAAUUAAACUUGUUCCCUUUGGCCAUACCAAUAAACCCGGACACAUUAAAGUCCCUGGAAGAAGAUGAGAGGAAAAUUGUCCUGACAAUUGUGGAGGAUGAGACAGAGGAGAAGUCAAAGAAAAUUAUAAACUUAUUGAAGGCUGCUGCAUCUGCAAAUCGUGACUUAGUAUUUGGUUAUGUUGGUGUCAAACAGUAUGAGGACUUCACUGACACAUUUGGGGUUAACAAAAAGACAGUGCUACCAAAAAUGGUGGUUUGGGAUGGAGAUGAGGAGUACUUCUCAGUUUUCGGUUCAGAAAUGAUGAAUGAGGAGGAUCAGGCAACUCAAAUCUCAAGAUUCAUUAUAGGAUAUAGGGAAGGAAGAACAUUGAAGGAAAGAAUCCGCGGUCCAUCGCUUCUCGGUUAUAUCAAUUCAUUAGUUGGAAUCAACACUGUGUACAUGCUUGUUUUUGUGGUUGUGGUCGUGAUGCUCAUCCAAACCAUCAGAGGAGAGGAACCUCUCAGGGUUGGUACUGGAGACCAAGUUGAUCAUGCUAGGAGUUCAGUGUCUGAGGCUGAAAGUAGAGAAUAUGGACCUGGAGACAAGGUAGAUUAAAGUUGGACAUUUUGAUGGACUUCUAACUGAAAAUUUAGUCGAGGAUGUUGUGCUUAUGAACAAAUCAACAAUAUGAACAGAAAAAUCAGAGCACGGUGAACUUAUGUUGCACUUCAAUGCUUUUGUAGAGAAAUCCUAUUUAUGCGUACACUUUGGUCAGUUCAUUUUGCAGACUUCUCAUUUAGCAAUGUAACCGUUAAAAAUAGUAAAGUAGUACUUGAUUUUUACGUUGUUAUCAAAAUAUCCCCUAGAGUUUUACUUUUAUCUAAUUACUCCCUGCUUAUCCAGGGUGUUUUGAA